AUGUGCAAGGGUAAAGAGACUGUAGCAUUUUUAUCCAAACAUUUCCUUCCUAUUGGAACGCUAUUUAUCAUCCCUCUUGGAAUUCUCUUCCCUGCUCCUGCAGUCUACCUUAAUGGAAAACUACCUGUAGUCCUGAUGUGUAUUGUAACAUUAUUUUUUGUUAUUGGAACGAAAUUUCAUUUGACAGAGAUUCAAUCUGCUUUACGUUGUUAUAAAGAGACUGCCUUGGGAAUAAUCGUUGUUUUAUUGCUCACUCCAGUUGUUGGAACGAAGUUACUGAUGUUACCAAAGUUUCGAGAGGUUCCCAGGUCAGGUUUGGAUGCAGAAAAUGGCACAUUGAACAAUAGCUGGACAAUUGAAUUACCAGACUUUGGUCCGGAGGAAUUUCGUAUUGGUCUACAGAUAUUUUGUGUUUCUCCAUGUGCAUCAGCAUUUCCUACUGUAGUGGUGAGUAAAUUUUCAACUGACCUAGCUGCGUGCUUUGUCUUUUUGAAAAACGUGUCACUCCAUUUCAAGCGAAGGCCAUGGAAGUAAAAAUAGUAGCCUGCAACUGACCUAAUUAAAUGAAUUAUUAAUAUUUAUGUCACGCUGGUGAUAUUGAGCAAAUUUUCCCCCAGUACCGCAGGAUCGCAUUUUCAGUGAACUUGCAUGCGGUGAAAAAUUGAAACCUUUUUAUUUUGCACAGAACUGGUCACUGUCUGUAAGAUGUCCGCUGACAAUACAAGCCUGCACGAAUAGGAGAAUUUUUGCUAAAUUUGGCCAACGUGUAUUGUGACGAAAAACUUCGCUCGAUGAUAAUCUUUUUUUCAGGUAGUUUAGGCAUAUUUAAAAAAUCCAUACAAUUUGCUUUAAAAUGCAAUGCUUUGACAUGCAAUGCUUCAAUGUACAGUAAACCUCUAUAAUUUGUUUUACAUGAAGUACGUGCAACAUCACAAUAGCGUCACAGAGGUAGCCCGCGUGCAGGCCCAAGGGAACUGAUAGUGGGCCGGCCGGUAUUUUGUACUUUCCGCGUUCGCUCACGAACGCGGCAUUCUGAUUGGCUGUUUGCUGUUGGAUUCUAUAAUUAGGUCAGUGAUUCAUCACAAAGGCUCUCGAUAAGCUCAAAAUUCGAAAAUUGAUCACUUUUUUCGAUUAUAAAUGGAACAAGAACAGACUGUUUAUUGUUUGCUUGAAGGAAGAGAUGUUCUUGCCGUUAUGCCAAUGGGGAUUGCUUGUCGUGAGGUGUUGGAAUAGCAACAUUACGACUGGGGUAAACUAUAGUAACCUUUACUUGAGUUUCAUUAAUUUCAAACAGACUUGAUACAUUAUACGUUCCUCAAGAAAUUUAUCUUUUGGUUGAUGUUGAGAUGCAGUUGCAUGUAAGCCUAUUCGAAACACUUUGCGAUAUACAAGGCUUCGCUGAGAGAGCGAAACAGAAGACGGUAUUAUAUUGCCGUUUGAAACGAAACGAUCUGGACUCUGAACACUCUCUUCUUUUGUAGAGUUCUUUACCAAAUGAAAUAACUGAAAUAAAUUUCGUACUUUCCGCCGCCAACAAGAAUUGCACACACGAUCUGAAGUGAGACAAUUUAUUUAUAACAAUGCCAAUGGCGACAGCGAAGCACACAUAAUAUAAAUGCUAAUGUGUCGCACGACUUCCCUCACGAUUUGAAGUCUGAGUCUGGUUUUCUGUUGAAAUCCGUCCUAAUUUGCCUGUUCCGAUUUUAGUUGAAAGUGAAUACUUGCAAAUUUGGCAAUUACCGACUGCUUUGCUUUAAAGAGAGUUAAAACGCUGCCAUUUACACAUUGUUUAUGUUCUGAAUAAGCAGAGAAAACCCCGCAACAUUUUAAUGCGAGUUUGUUUGUUAAUAUUUGGGUGCUGUCAUUGGUUCUUUUUUGACAAUUGACGCGCGAAUGGGACGUGUUAUGAAAAUGGGCGUUUUACAAAAUACCGGGCCCUGCUUGCAGGCCCACUAUCACUUCCCUUAGGCCUGCACGCGGGCUAUCACAGAGGAAGUAUAUAUCUUUACUUUUUGAUAGCGUUGUGUCAUUAUGUAAUAUAUAUCCCCAAGGUUGGCAACUAAAUACAAAUUUAAAACUGUAUGCACAAACUUAAUGACGAAAAAAACUCGUACAUAAACAUCGAAAUUCAUUAAAAAAACUAACUCACUAUGGUAACAAAUAACUUUAGUACAUCUACAUUGUGUUUUUUCUUCUAUCAUCACUUUUAAACGAGUUAAUUUUGCGAAAAUUCCGAGGAAAAUUCAUCAAAUUCGUAACUCAAUUUGAUCAAAACUAUGCGGGAUGAUGGCUGCCGGCGUUACGUCACAAAAUAAAGCUCUCUGAUUCGCUGGGAAAUUUCAGCCAGCCUUUUCUCGGAAUUUUCGCAAUAUUCACUCGUUUAAUCGUUUAAAAGUGAUGAGAGAAGAAAAAACACAAUGUAGAAGUACUAAAGUUAUUUCUUACCAUAGUGAGUUAGUUUUUUUAAUGAAUUUCGAUGUUUAUGUACGAGUUUUUUCGUCAUUAAUUUUGUGUAUACAGUUUUAAAUUUGUAUUUAGUUGCCAACCUUGGGGAUAAAUAUUAUUACAUAAUGACACAACGCUAUUGUGAUGUUGCGCGUACUUUAUGUAAUACAAAUUAUAGAGGUUUACUGUACAUUGAAGCAUUACAUGUCAAAGCAUUGCAUUUUAAAGCAAAUUGUAUGGAUUUUUGAAAUAAAAUACCUUUUCGGGAGACCUAUCAGUUUAGGUGCUAUUUAAAAUAUGAGCAGAUACAAGGCGAAGCCGAGUAUCUUUAGGUCUAUAAAACACGCACUGCGAAUGUUUUAUAUUGCUUCAAAAACGAUCGAUUUAAUAAGUUCAUUAGCGAAAUAAUUUUCAAAAAAUACGUUGUGUAAGUCGAGAAAAUCAAAGUUAAAGUUGUGUAAAUCAAGGGAAAUCUCUAUUUUUAAAAAUUUCUAAAAUUUCUAAAAUUUUAUCAUGGCUUGAAAGAGCAUCACAAAAUUAGUAAUAUUCCAAAGUUUCGUUGCGAAAUGUUGUAAAAUGUGGAUAAUAUAGCCCUGCGAAAUUUGCCGUUUUUCAGUCAUUUUGUAUUACGCACGGGAAAUUGAUACCUUUUGUCAGAAAGCGGCAUGGCCCCAAAUUUCUCUCAACACAAAGUACUGUUUGCUUGUGCAUACAACGAAGAUAUUAGAUAGCUUAAGAUUUACGACGUCGACGUCAGCUAGGACGUCAGGGCUAAGCAGAAGACUGGGACUAGGACGUCGUCCAAAGAAAGUCGAUAGCUCAAGUAUCUACGAAUGUCAAAUAUUUAGGGCGGCAAGCGGAAGUAAAUUCGUAAUAAUUUUUGAAGUGUGCAUGUGUCUCUCUCAAUUUGCUGGUCAUCCACCAAACGUCGACAACCUCACAACAAGAGUUUUACCGUCGUGGAUACAAGAGCAUAACAAACGGUAAUGGUUUCACACGCUUCUUUUAAAUUUAUUUUCAAAAGAAUGUAAAUAUUUAUAGUUUAAAUGUCUGCGUCGUGAAUCUUAAGUGAAACUUUAUUUAUUUAUUUAUUGAGGUAAAAGAAUUUUAUUUCUCAGUUUAAGACAACAUUCUGGCAAUUAUUCAACAAUUAUUUGACGAGUCGAAUAAAUAUAUACAGCCAAUUCAAAAAAGGUUGUCCUUUGCAAACCUUAAACUCUGGAUAUUUCGCAAAUCACAAGCAAACACAAUAAAAAAAUCUACAUCAUUCCAAAUAUUGGUAAUUUUACUAUAUUCUCCCAAUGAAAGUUUUAACUUCAAAAGUUCAUUCUAAGGUUCGGUUAAAAAAGAGAAUUCUUUUCGGGUUUUUUAAUAAGCAUCCUUUUUUCGAAGCUUUAUUAAAAGGUGGCUCCCUACAGUUGUAAAGAAACAGCAGCGAAAAAUAAGGUCUUCACAAUGACGCAAAGUAUUAAUUUGCUAUUGUAUAUGUGAAAUGCGUCAAAACCAUAUGCUGGGGUCAUCUACCCUGUGGUGAUGUCUUGAAGAAGCAGUGAUUGGCUGUUGUACUGGAAUCAUGCACAAUAGCCAAUCAGCGCUUCUUCAAGAUUUAAAAACUAUGACAGGAGGUCAAGACCCGUGUGUUUAUAUAUAGCAUGCAUGAUUAACUGAUAUAGUUUGGCUUCAAGUAGCUAGCGUUCCAGUUAUAUUCAUUUCAAUGCUUGGAACCGCCUGACGCAGAACUUUCGAAAUACGUGUGGUGAGAUUAUAGGAAAGGAAAGGGAAUACAAUAUAAAGUGGUGGUCCAUGUCAAACGUCAGAAGUUUGAACAACUAUACGACGUACCAGAAUGCUCAGAGAAAUAAAAUUUAUAGUCGCCUCAAGGUGGCUCCCUAAAGUUGUUUAAGCAUGGGACUGGUAACGAAAUGACGUGAGUUGUCGAGUUGAAAUUUUAUCACGUCAGCAAAAAUUUCAUUUGACCACGCAAUGUUUGUAAUGCAAUAACCAUUUUUUCCUUCGGUUAAUUUUUUUGAAAUUUUGUAUUUUAAAAGUACUAGUAAUUUAUUGCAAUAUACUCAAUUUUUAAAACAUUCUAUAAAACAGUUUUUGUGGAACAAAUUUCACGUAAUAUCUCAAAAACUGAAUUAAUAACUUCGCAUAAAUAGCAAAUAUUUUGCGUCAUUGUGAAGACCUUAUUUUUCGCUGCUCUUUCUUUACAACUGUAGGGAGCCACCUUAAACUGAACUUCGAAAAAAGGAUGAUUAUUAAAAAAAUUAUCAAGACAUAUUAUUCUGGUGAAUGAUAAAGAGAGGAAUGUACAGGACACUAUACACUUGAUACUUCACAUCUGUAUCCUAACAAGUGACCUUACUUGCUUCUGUAGCAGUCUGUGAGCAUGCCUGUCCAAUUUCUAAUGAUGUGCUCUUUUUGUAGGUAACAGCAGCCAAUGGUAAUCGAGCAUUGGCAUUAUUGAUUGCAGUAAUAGCGACCAUUAUAUCAGUCUUUACUGUUCCAGUUAUGACUACAUGGUUGAUACCAGCAUUUCAGACUGCUAGUGUUAGUAGCCUAACCAUAUUAACUAGAGUCAUUCUUUUCAUUCUUUUACCUUUGAUUGUAAGUAUCUGUUUGCGUAGUAAUAAUACUAAUAAUAAUAAUAAUAAUAGUAAUAAAUAGAGAUUACUGCAUGGUACGAUUUUUACGCACGAUCGAGUUGUAAAAGAUUGCAAACGAACGAGUGAGCGAAGCGAACGAGUGAGUUCAGCAAUCUUUCACAACAAGUGUAUAAAGAAAAUUGUACAACUGAAGCGAACCAACCAUGCAGUAAUUUGUUUAUAAUAUACGUCUAGAGACGAAUAUUUAAAACUCAUGAAAGGCUCACAGCGAGCAACACGGUAGCGAAAUAUUCGUUAGUCUUAAAAGUUUAGUGUAAAGUUUAGUCUUAAAAGUUUAGUCUUAAAAGUUUACUGUAAAGUUUAUUUUUUCAUUAUUUUGCUUGCUCUUCUCAUUUCAUUUUUGCUUCUGUUUUGUUGCAAAAUUGUCGAGAGUUUUUUAUUAAAAUAAACAAAAUAUAUUUUCGCGCCACGCCAAAAGCGCGGGCGCCAUGUUUAUAGUAAACAGGGUUCGUACAAAACUUGAAAGUCCUUGAAUGUCCUUGAAUUUGAAAACAACAAAUCAAGGCCUUGAAUGUCCUUGAAUUUGUAAAGAAGUACUUGAAUGUCCUUGAAUUCUUCUUGCUUUAGUUUUUGGAUAUUUUCUGAAAUUGUUUGACAUUCGAGACGGACAUUUUGUUGAACUGAUUUUGCAUGUUCAUAUCUGACCUCAGAUUUUGCUGAUUUCUAACGCCUUCUUCUUCAGUAUUUAGUCCUUGAAUUUGCUGACACUGCACGGCCUUGAAUGUCCUUGAAAAGUCCUUAAAUUUGACUCUUCCUGACAUGUAUACGAACCCCGAAUAAAAUUUGAGAGCAAAAUGCCUAUGCGAUAUUUUCUCACUAGUGGCUAAAUCCGUAUAGCCAACCAAAAUGCAAUAUCAUCAUUUCUCACUGCUGGCAAAAACCGUAUGACCAAUCAAAAUGAAAUACGACAUAUAUUUUACCCGUCUACUGUACGUAAAUCUCUAUACGUAUUUUUUAAAUCACGGUAUAUGACAUAUGAAGUUUAAUCAGCCAUGCUCUUGCCUCGGCACGUACUACGUUGAUGUUUUAAGUUUGGUACUAAAAGCGAAUUAAAUUGAAAAAUAAAUUAGUUCCUGGAUACUUGUUAAAGUUCAUCAACAAGAGAAGGUGUCAGUAAAUUUCACCCAAACUUGAGCAGCAGCAAUUUUUUGAAAUUCAGGCUCUUGUUCAUUUAACUAAAUUUCCAGUAGUUUAUCUACGCCUAAAUUCAGUUUGUGCUACUUCGUUUUAUAAUCUUAAAAACUGUACAAUUUUUCUUCAGGUUGGGCGACUUUUAAGAUUCAUCGGAUUGGUAAAAAAGGUUGUUACCAAAGUCGAUACAUCUCUGAAGUUCGUUACUUCUGGGGCUCUCCUUGUUAUGUUUUGGGUGAAAAUUAGUCAAGCAACAGCGAAAGGAGACCUUCAAAAAUUUUCACCUUGGAUGAUUGUGGCUGUAACCGCUCUUGGUACAGCUGUGAUUACGUCAUUUCUUGUUUUUACCUUCAUAUUUGCUUCUCUACUACGGCUACAAAAGAAAGCAAUCCUUGCUGUUACAGUGCUUUCAUCGGCAAGAAAUUCAAGUAUAGCUAUUACUGUUAUUGAGAAUUUACCAGACAGUGUUGGGGACAAAGAUCUAAUGUUUAUCCCUAUAAUAUUUGUCUAUUUGGCUAUGGUCGUUAUUAUCAAUAGUUUUGGUUGUUUUAUGACAAUCAAGAAAGAGGAAUAUGACAUUGAACAAGAUAUGGACACCCUUGAAGACAAAGUUGAUAGUGCGGACAAACUUACUUUAGUUAUUAAUCCCUUGGAUCAAAUACAUGAUAUACCAAAUACAAAUGACUGCGUUACGUUGCCAAUAGUACAGUGGUGUACGGCUGUAUGA